AUGAGAAUUCAGCUAGGCUCGUACAACGUGUACGCGCCGAGGAACGAGGGACUGCAGCUCUGUACGAGAAAAGCUUCCAAUCCCUUGGGCCACCGAAGCAAGGGAGAUGCAGUGUGCAAUAUUCUCGUCCUAACAGAUCGGAAUAUGUCAUUUGAUUUGAUCGUAUUCAAAAACACGGUCCCUUCUUAACCCAAUCAUUUUUUUUCGGACAUUAAAAGAUAAAAACGAGACCCAUACCUAAUGGCCUCCACCAACAACCCGCAAUGGCCGAUCGUUGGAUACCUACCGCCCCAUGUCCGACCGCCGAGUUUUGUUGGUCUGCAUCAGGUGAUAAACGAAGAAAAGUAUCUUUCCUUCCUUGAGGCUCGUCGGAUGAGACACGCAGAUAUCCUCACGAAGACUCCUUUAAACCGCCAACCGCGCCUCAUCGAGGGUCUUCCUCCGUCAUGACCAUAACUCUACCUCCCGGCACCAUAACAACCGUCUCGGGGCCCGUGACCGAUUUCGACAACCUCGUCCCGCUUCUCACGACCUUCACGCCCACGGUGGCCUGCGAGGAGGACUGGGUGUACGACAUUCAGACCCCGGGCACGGUGUGGAAGGAUCGGGACUACAACACGGACUACGCGGAAUGGUGCCAGCCUUUCAACGGCGCGAAUACGUUUUAUAGACCUGGGAUAUGUCCGAGCGGCCAGGAAAUCAAGUCCCUCGAUGUGACGGUGGAAAAUGACGGGGGAACUUUGGGCGCGUCAUGGUACGUGGCGCUGUGCUGUAGCUCGUAAGUCUGCGAAGUAUUUCAUCGCCUUUC